UCGGCUAAUCCAAACCGGCGUUAGAGGGAGGGGGAGCUACCCGCUGAGCUAAUAAAGAAAGCUUACGGAGAGAAAGACGGGCUGAGAGAGAGCGGAAGUCGGAGGUUUUACCGAACAGUUAGGAUUUUGAAAGCCCUGAAAACUCGGCUGUGAUUUUAUCCACUCUGGUGAAAACAUGGCGUGCGGUGCGACGUUAAAACGCUCCAUGGAGUUUGAGGCCCUUUUGGGCCCUCAGUCCCCGAAGCGCCGGCGGUGCAGCCCGCUAGCCGGAGCCGCCGCUACUCCUUCCCCGCAGAGGUGCAGCCUGAGACCUCAAACGGAGAGUCCCGUGAACCCGGUGUCCCCUCAAGCUCUGAGCGGAGAACACAGGCUAACUCCAGAGCAGAUCUUCCAGAACAUCCGGCAGGAGUACAGUCGUUACCAACGGCGACGGCAGCUGGAGGGAGCGUUCAACCAGACGGAGACGGGCGUGGCUGCUGAGAGCUCCAACCCUAGCUCACCGUCAGGUGCAGCAUCAGUGAAGAAGGACCAGCCCACCUUUACCCUGCGGCAGGUCAGCUACCUGUGUGAGCGCAUCCUGAAAGACCAUGAAGAGAAGAUCCGCGAGGAGUACGAGCAGAUACUCAACACCAAACUGGCAGAACAAUACGAGUCGUUUGUGAAAUUCACACAGGAUCAGAUCAUGAGGCGGUACGGAGCUCGACCUGCCAGCUACGUAUCUUGAAGUUCUCAUAUGGACGACUACAAGCCAAUGACAUGGUUCCUGCAGUAUCCUCUCUCUCUCUCUCUCUCUCUCUCUCUAUCUCUCUCGUUCUUUGUUUUAAAGACAGCUCGGGUGAUCUGGGUUCUUUCUCCACGUAACCUUCUUUUUCGUUUCUCUUCCUGAAGCCCGGCUCCUGAGCAGUUGUGAAUAAACGCUGUUCUGAUGAAAACUCGCUCUCUUCCCUCUUUUUAAAAUAAGUGAAUGUUUCGGGAUCUGCCACAUCUCACACACUCGACUCUCCUACUUCCUGUUUCAAACCUGAGGGAUGUGGAUAUUAUUUUCCUUACUCUUUUAUUUUUUUGAUUUUUGAAAAGAAUAAAGGUUCAGUGGUCUUCUCGUA